AUGCUCGACGACGAAAACCCCAGCGAUCGCGACGUGGGUCCCGGCCCCUAUCCGCAAAAUUUCCAUCACCAGCCUCUUUCCCCGCACCAGCAAAUACCUAUGGGUAUGCAGGGUCAGCCACCAAUGCAGCAGAUGCAACCCAUGCAGCAAAUGCAGCCUAUGCAACCAAUGCACCCACCGUCGGCCUCACAAGCCAUGGAUCCGAACAAUCCAGCGUAUCCAGGGAUGCAGCCUGGCUUCGAUCCUUACGAUCCUAUGUUAGACGCCGAUCCGUUUGGCCUCUCCGCCAGCAUGCAUUUCCCCACCCAAUUUACCUUUCAAGAGAGUUCGAUGAGACGGUGA